AGAGCAGCAGCAGUAGACAAUUCUCUUCCGUCUCUUCUCUCUCUCCUUGCCCUCCCUCAUACCGUAGAGAACCUCCAGGCCACUACCUUUCUCUUCUCAACGACAUCAAUUUAAUUCACAUUCUGGUAGUUGAUCGUAAAUUUUAAAUUUUUCAGAAUGGCUCUCAACAAGAUGAUUCUUGGUAGAACGGAGGCGACGGCUCCCGAUGCCUUGAGGGCGGUUUUCGCAGAAUUCAUCGCGACGUUCCUCUUUGUCUUCAUCGGUGUCGGCUCAUGCAUCGCUCAUUCUAAGCUAAGCGAUGGACCACUAGAAGCCGCUGGCUUGGUCUGUAUCGCUGUCGCGCACGGUUUGGCUAUUGCCGUCACGGUGGCUGCCACUGCCAACAUUUCAGGAGGACAUGUCAAUCCUGCUGUCACUUUUGGUCUUGCAGUCGGAGGUUACAUCACCAUCGUCCGUGCUGCUUUCUACUGGAUUGCUCAGCUUCUCGGCGCCACUCUUGCUGCUUACCUUCUCAAGGCCAUCAUUCUCACCACUGGACUGAGCAUGCCGAUUCACGGUUUGGGAGCGGACGUUAGCGUCACAGGAGGACUUAUCCUUGAGAUUGUGCUCACCUUCGCGUUGGUCUUCGUCAUCUACGCCACCGCUGUGGACGGUAAGAGGGGACAGAUCGGAAUCAUUGCACCACUGGCAAUCGGAUUCACAGUGUUGGCCAACCACUUCAUCGGUGUGCCAUUCACCGGAGCAUCCAUGAACCCAGCUCGCUCUUUUGGGCCUGCAUUGGCCGCCAUGGACUUCCACAACCACUGGAUCUAUUGGGUCGGUCCUCUGCUCGGUGGAGGUUUCGCUGGUAUUCUCUAUGACGGAGUGUUCAUGACUGCCGAAGUCUGACAACCUUCCCCUCCGUGAGGAUCCCGAGUUUAGGCGCCUGUGCCUCUGGAAAUCACCAAACUGUCGACAUCAACGAGUUCAUUAGAUGUGUCUCUGGCUGUGCAUUUACUUUGUUUAGUCACUACAACUCCAGGAUAGGUUACUUAGGAGUUGUCGCUCGGGAAGCUGAUCGAGCACACAUGAGCACUUUAUUUGGUUGUAUAGACAUGUGUACAGACUGUAGAGGUUAGAUUUCCCAUAAGACUAAGAACUCACAUUUUGAACUCUUUGGCUCAAGUGAUUUUUUAGUGCGGUCCGCUCACCGCUUGUGCACUUGUUGCUCUCCACAGGACAGAUGUAUGUAUAAAAACAAAUUUUCUCCUGAACUUUGUUCACCACUUGCGGGGUUCAUUCAAUAAAUAUGUCCAUGUCUCCUUUCC